UUUGAUUGUACUUUGUUAGAGUUUAUUUCUUCUCUUUUAUUUCCUGGGUUUUUUUCCUUUCUUCUCUUCCUGUUUCGUAAAUCGUCAUCUUUUCUGAUUUUCCACUGGGAGAACGACGAAAGGAAAGGAAGGAAGAUGAGCAAGACGUGCGCUCGUUGUGAGAAAACGGUUUAUCCGAUCGAGGAGCUCAAGUGUCUCGAUAAGAUAUGGCAUAAGCAGUGCUUCAAGUGUCAGGGUUGCGGGAUGACCUUGAACAUGCGAACGUACAAAGGCUUCAACAAACAGCCGUAUUGUGAGGCACACAUACCAAAAGCAAAGGCGACAACAAUGGCGGAAACACCAGAAUUAAAACGUAUCGCUGAGAAUACGAAAAUUCAAAGCAACGUUAAGUAUCACGCAGAGUUCGAAAAGGCAAAGGGAAAGUUCACGCAAGUCGCGGAUGAUCCAGAGACGUUGAGAAUUAAGCAGAACAGUAAGAUCAUUUCAAAUGUUGCUUACCAUGGUGAACUUCAGAAGAAAGCGAUCAUGGAACAGAAGAGGACCAUGACCGGAGAAAAUGGCGAACAAAUAGAGUACGUAGAGUACACGGACGGUACAAUCGCACCUGCCUCGAGCAGUUACCUAAAUGCGAAUCCACCAGUUGCGAGAACGGCAAACUCGCCUGUACAAAGGACACCAGGUAGGAUCGCUGAUUACGAUCCCCUUAGUGAAGCAAGGCCGAGUCCUUAUUCUGCUAGGCAAGCCGCAACCACGGUCAUUUAUACCAGUGACAAAGGUCCAGUUACGAAUCCACCAACACGAAAAAUUGGUUCCGUAGCGGAUAUCGACCCGGUGAACGACUAUUACGGAUCGCUCACGCCUGCGACGAAUAAUAAUCACGUGAUACAGCAUCAGCCACCACCACCGCCACCUACCAACGUCGGAAGAGUAUAUAGAGCGAUGUACGAUUACGAGGCGCAAGAUUUGGACGAAGUAAGCUUCUGUGAUGGUGACCUGAUUGUCAACUGUACAGCCAUUGACGAAGGAUGGAUGACUGGUUUGGUACAACGUACAGGUCGACAUGGUAUGUUGCCAGCGAACUAUGUCGAGCCAGCGCAGAUCUAAGGGCCAUUAUUUUUUGAACGAUGAAUCUUAGCAGCUGCCAUCAUCUCAAUUCCUUCUUUUGUUGUCACCGUUCGUUUGAUCGAAAUUUCUCCGUUUCGAUCGAAUGAAACGCUACUGGUGUACACACUGGUGGUGUGCAUGUGUGUUUGUGUGAGAGAAAGAGAAAGAGAGAGAGAGAGAGAGAGAGAGAGAGAGAGAGAGAGAGGGAUGGGGGGGAGAGAGAGAGAGAAUAUUCUUUGCUUGCGAGAGAGAUCGUCUUUUUUGUUUCUCUCAACUGUUAUGUACAAUGCUCUCCUUGCCGUGUUAGAGAAAAAUUAAACAAUAUUUUCAAACAGAACACCACUCUCGAGAUGAUCGUCUUGUUUACGCGAGAUUGUUGUUUCUUUAAAGUUUUUUUUUUUUUAAUAUUUUUUUUUUUAAUUGAAGAGAAAAAAUGUGAGAUAACGGAUAAAUAAUUUUUGUCAUUGAAAGGCUGCUUCUGCUCGUGUUGUUGUUGACGUUGUUACGUUAUCAUCGUCGGUGUCAUUUUUUAGACGCACUGCUACAUUUUCUUUUUCUUAUCGCGAAGCGUUCAUAGUUUCUUUUUUCUUUUUUACAUACCGCGUUUUUUGCAUUUCAUGUAUCAAACGUUAUCUAUAUAUAUAGACUUCUAAUAUAAUAGAGAUAUAAUAAUAGCUAUAUAUGAUUACGAUUUGGGGACCAAGCAUUUUGUAAUGAAUUUUACAAAUAUAUAUAUAUAUAUAUUUUCUUUCGAGCGAACCGAGGAAUAUAAUAAUAGUUACAACAGAUUUCUUUACUUUCCUGUAUUCGUUAUAAAAUAUAAUUCUGUCUUCAUUCGCUCGUUGCUGGCGCAAACGCGACUUUACACGACUAAAUUAUAAGAUUCUAAUUCCAACAAAUGACCAAUCAAAAAUUCUAAAUAUUGCCUUUCUUCAAUAAGAUUUAUUACACACAUUCCUUAAUUGCUAAAGGAUUCUCAUUAUUUUUAUUUGUCUUUCUUAUAGAUUAUAGGAUCCUUGUUGCAUAUUGCAUUUUUAAAUAGAGUGACUUUAAAAGCUUUUAGGUGGACUAAAAUUUCUUAAAUGAAUUUAGCACGUUGUCUACCAUGUUAGUUUUACGUGUUUUGCUGUAGAGGCCCACAAUUCUGAGAUUAGAUAUAAAAAAAUUAAUGCCGGUUAUAGAUGAUUUUCGUGGUCUCAUAAAUAGAACAAACGUUGGUCACGGUUGACUGACAAAGAUGUCAACGUGUUAAAUAUUAAUUAUUUUCUUUAGACACUUUUUAGACUAAAAUUUUUUACACAUUGUACAACUACAAGUUUAUUUCAUUAAAUUAUGAGUUUAAAUACGAGUCUAAUGUAUUUUUUAGUCGAAUAAUUAAGUUUUAUAAUCACUUAUGAACUUCUGGUUCACCUAGAAACUUUUAGUCUACACUUUAUACUUACGUUGUACAAAAAAAAAUAAUUUGAAAAAUGAACUCUGUGAUUGUUGUGCCUUCGUCGUCGUUGUCGCCAUGUUUUUCUUGCAAUCUAAUUUUUAAAAAUCUUUACUCUUUUGCAAAGAUAUGCGAAUGAAAAGAAUUUAUUUAUUGAACUGUUGUUAUAUGUGCCUUAUAUAUAUCGAAACACAUUUAUAUACAUAUAUAGAAAUUCGUAGGAUUCUUAAUUUCAUCCAUUUCUUCGAGAAUAUUUGAUACCCUAUACAUAUACAUAUUACUACU